CUAAGUUACAAAACUUUACUGAAUUACAAAACUUUACUGAAUUACAAAACUUUACUGAAUUACAAAACUUUACUGAAUUACAAAACUUUACUGAAUUACAAAACUUUACUGAAUUACAAAACUUUACUGAAUUACAAAACUUUACUGAAUUACAAAACUUUACUGAAUUACAAAACUUUACUGAAUUACAAAACUUUACUGAAUUACAAAACUUUACUGAAUUACAAAACUUUACUGAAUUACAAAACUUUACUGAAUUACAAAACUUUACUGAAUUACAAAACUUUACUGAAUUACAAAACUUUACUGAAUUACAAAACUUUACUGAAUUACAAAACUUUACCUAAUUAC